CUGCAGUUUCGGCUUCUCUCCCGGCGUGUGUGACAGCGGGCUGGCUUGUCAGCGGCGGGCUGGGGCGUGCGGGUGAAAAAGUAACGGGUGUCGCUUCCCAGGCCUGUCACAGGCAAGGCUUCGUUCCUUGAUGACUUAAACAGAUGGAGUCUGCUUCUCAUUUCUCCUUUUAUUUACCCUGAUAAGUUACUUAAAGCAGAACAUAUAGCUUUUGUGACAGAAAGCAUUUCAGCUCAGACAGAUAACUUGCAGAAAGUACCUGGCUCUUCAAAAGAGAUUGUGAAGUGGUCAGACUAUUGUUCACCAUUGGCCUAUAAACCUGGUGAGCCUUAUAAGUUAAUUGCUGAAGCAAGCAUAGAUAAUUUUAGUAGCCUUGGAAUAGCAUUUAUGGAAGACAGGCUUCAAAUGGAUAAUGGAAUGGUGCCACACAAGAUUGUUUCUGUCCAUUUACAGGAAUCUACCCUGAAGGAAUUGGCACAGGUGGCACCAUCUGUAAAAGAGCAAAGUGUAAGCAGUAAGAAAAUGGAUGAAAUAACUCCUACUGCUACUUUUGGGACUACUGCUAAAUCAGGUUUAGGAGUAGCUAAGCCUGCAGGACAAGAUGAAGGGGAGAAACUCAAGCUAGAGAAAGAAAAUGAGCAUGAAGAUGAAUCCAACAGUCUAUCUGACAAGGAGAUAGGUUCUGGAGAUCAUCAUCACUUGCAUCUUUCCAGUUGUCGUGAGUGCUUGCAACUUGAAAACAGUACUAUUGAAUCGGUCAGAUUUGCCUCUGCAGAAAACAUUCCAGAACUUUCUGAUGAUAGCAAACUGGAAGCGAAGAAUGAUGACUCUCUAGCAAGAGGAAUAAAGGGAGUAAACCUUACUGGGAAGCCCCCUAAUAUAUUGAUUUAUCUUGGUUCUGAAACGGCAAAAGCGGAAUUUGAGCAGGUAAAAUCAAUCCUUCAGGAAUGCAUUGAUGUAGACAGCUACACCAUCUACCAGCUCCGUGAGGAACAAGUUCUGAAAGAUCCAUGGAUUGAUAAUUCACUGCUGUUGAUCAUUGCCACAGAGGAGCCUAUUUCUGAGGAGAACCACAAACAAUUUAUGAAGUUUUUAUCUACAGGUGGAAAGAUUCUAGGGUUUUCUUCAUCUUUUACAUUUGACGGCAUACAAAUAAAGAAAAAGAACAAACUGAAGAAGACUGUUCGUGAACUAGUGGUCUCUAAAGCAGACAGCACUGAAAUAAAGUUAAAUCUUUUGGUCAGUGGCUGUAUUUUUGAGGAAGUGAUGAAGGAAGAUACCAGCAAAGUGAAGACAUUGAGUCGAUUAAAUAAUGCUGAUAAAGAUAUAGUUAUUGUUCAUCUGACUUACGGAGACAGUGGAGGAGAAGCCAUUCUUUCUCAGGCACACUUGGAAUUGGAUAUCAAUUCUAUGGAUGUCCAAACUGAAGAGGAUUUUAAUUUGCUUAAGAUAAGCAAUACCAAGAGAUAUGAAGUUCUCAAGGAGAUCCUGGUAUCACUUGGCCUGAGUUGUGAAUUAAGUGAAAUUCCUACGUUAACACCUAUUUACCUUCUCUCUUCUGAUGAGGAAAUCCAUCUUGCUUUUCUGAAAUGGCUUGAGGGAAAUGUAGAUGCUGAAGGAUUAAGAGCAUCCAGCAAGGUGUCUCUUAAAUUUGUUUCAUCCUGGGAAUCAAAAAUGGAGAUAACUCCAUCUCUCAUGCCGGUCAUCACUGAGAUGGGAAGUUUCUCAUCAGAGCAUUUCAGCCUGAAGACAUAUCAACAGAAUCUUCAAACAAAGAAGCUUGGAAAGAUUUUUCUUUUUACUGAAGUUACCACAACAACAAUGAAUCUUCUAGAUGGGUUAAUGUUGGAGUUGCCUGAGGAGAUGGGUUUAAUAGCAAUUGCUGUUCGACAAACACAAGGGAAAGGUCGUGGUGGAAAUGUUUGGCUCAGUCCUGUGGGCUGUGCACUCUCCACUUUACAUAUCACCAUUCCUCUACAUUCCAACCUGGGCCAGAGAAUUCCUUUUAUUCAACACCUGGUGUCCUUGGCAGUGGUAGAGUCGGUUAGAUCAAUACCAGGAUAUGAGGAGAUUGAUCUGCGAGUAAAAUGGCCAAAUGAUAUUUACUACAGCGAUCUUAUGAAGCUUGGUGGAGUUCUGGUAAACUCUACACUUAUUGAAACAACAUUUCAUAUACUUAUUGGCUUUGGAUUUAAUGUGAACAACAGCAACCCCACCAUAUGCAUCAAUGAUCUCAUCACAAAAUUUAAUAAGGAACAGGGGACAAAGCUGAAGGCUUUAAGUGCAGACUGUCUUAUUGCAAGAACUGUAACGGUGCUGGAGAGGCUUAUAGAUAUUUUUCAGGAGAAAGGGCCCAACGGAGUUCUUCCCAGUUACUACAAGUACUGGGUACACAGUGGUAAACAAGUCCGUCUCCACAAUGAGGAGGGCCCAAUUGCAUGGAUCGUCGGGAUAGAUGAUUAUGGAUUCCUUCAAGUUCAUGAAGAAGGCAAGGGGGUAGAGUCUGUGCACCCAGAUGGCAACUCUUUUGAUAUGCUGAGAAACCUCAUAGUCCCAAAGCGUUAAUAGUCCUCAGAGCUCACAUCACCCAAGGAGGCUCUUUACCAUUUGCCACCAAGUAGCUAGAUUUGCUUAAAGGUGGGAAGGGUAGUUCAUAGCUUGAUUUCUUUUUUCUUAUGAUUUUCUGAUAUCUUUGCUUUUUGAUGUGGAGAACUUCAACAGUAAAGAAGAGGUAAUUGCUCAUUGCUGAAGGCCUUUAUUCUUUUGUAUUAACUUCUAAAACACAUCUAUGUUGCCAUUCUUUGUAAGCAUCUGUUCUUCAAAAGAAAACUGCUUGCAAAGGAAUACCUUUCAAUGAACAGAACUUUCUUUUCAAUUCCACACUGUAGUUGAGAAACUGAAAAGGCUAUAUAUUUCCUAUUUGUGUCUCUGUUCUUUUUAUUGGGCUUUAACACAAUGCAGUACACUACUUACAUUUUUACUAUGUUUUUUUAAACUAAAUUCUGGUUUAUGCGUUGUCUGUGGUGGAAACAGCUGGAAGAGCUCAUCAUAUUUUUCUGAAUUACUGGGAUUACCACUGUGUUUAGAUGCAGGUCUAUGUAGAGCCUUGCUGACUUGGUUCUCCAUGUGGGCCUGUACAACAGUUUACCAUCCUGUGCUUUGGUCUCAAGGUCUGCAGCUCUGUCAUGGCUGCCUUGAGUUUUUGGGGAAUUUUCCAUCAGCACUUAAGAACUGUGGCUGGUUAUCUAAAUUAUUUGUAAUCUGCUCUUCUUAGUCAAUUGGAUCUUGUAAGUCAUCUCAUGUCUCCUUUGAAUUAUAGUCUUCCAAGAGGCUUUAGCGCUCCCCUGAGAAGAGCCCACUGGAGCAGUGUUUCACCUGUUGCAAUCCUAUUAUCUAGGUUAUUGUAGAAUUCCAUAUCAGAAGAGGGAAGUCUCAAUAGUACAAUUUAAUAGUGAUUUACAUUUAAAUUUAAUAUUAAGUUUACAAUUUGAUAGUAAUUCUGUUGUAAUAGUAAUGAAGUUAAGUGAAUAAAUCAAAGAUGCCCCACUCUAAAAUCCCUGCCAAAAACAACUACAGGGAAAAAGAGGAAAUGCAGGUUAACCUGCAUCCAGAUUCUCUUCUGUUGUUUCUGUUGUCACCCCCUUUGCCAAAGCAGGGCAUCAUUUGCUACCAACCAUUAAAAGCAAGAAGUUUGGCACCUGCUGACCUGAGAGGAGCUUGCUCUGGGGGCUGGCUGCGCAGUGCAGGGUUAGGUGGAACAGCUUGGUGAUGAUGGGAAAGCAGCACAAAGUAGGCAUGUGGGAGCUUCCGUGCCGUGGCAGCUUGUCGGGUUUCUCUCCUGGGCAGGGCGAAUUUGCGCCAGGAGGCCUGGCCACCACGGCACUUCAAACAGUUCUCUGCGAAUGAAAAGUUUGUCGUAGGUGUGAUGUGGCCAGCUUCAUUUCCUCAAGUAGGCAGCGCUGCUUAUUACCUUUACCUCGUCCCUACUGAGGGUGGAUCAGCCUAAUUGGUUUCCACAAAGGACUUCUGUCUACUAGCCAGAAAUGGGGUUUUUAGGUUAAAGUUCACCUCAUAAACAAUCUGAACAUGUUAGUAGAUUGUUUCGGUUACAAAGCCAAGAAGUCUUUAAACAAGGAAGCUAGUCUGUAAUGGUAAUUUAGAGUAAUCCUCACAUAUUAGGGUUUAGGUGGUUUGGCAGCAAGUGCUAGAAAUUAAGUUGUCCCUAUUACAUUCAGGAUUUUAUGCUCCAUAUCACAGUAGAUUUGUGUGUGUGCCUGGUUGUCCGUCCCCUGCUGGUUUGUUUUCCCCCACGAUCCACAUCAUAUGAGACUGCACACCAACAGUUCACAGGACUGUACGGUGGAGUGUAGACAGCUGUUAAUUGGCACAGUUAAAACGAUACACACGAACACCAGUUUGUGCUUUUUACCACCAGAUGCUUUCAAAACUGCUUGGGGCUGUUAAUUUUUGGCAGCUGCCUUUACUUCAGAAUCAAAUAUUGAUAUUAUAAUCAAAUAAAGCUUGAGUCUGAGGUAAUAAAGUUUAAAUAAAAAGAAGAGCUCAUUUACAUACACAUAUCUAAGAAAUGUGUGCGUGCGUACGCACAGCCACAUCUUCCUUGUGCAUCUUCACUUCUUUUCUACUGCCUUUUCCUUCAAGCAGCUGCUGAGCAACGCGUGCUGCUGCGGGUCAGCUGUGGAGAGCAGAGCACUGGUACCGGCUUUCCAGCCACGGAGUUCUACAAAGCUUUAGAUCUGUACCUCAACCCUAUAUUUGUAGCUAAAACACUGACUGUUUUGGUACUGUAGGGUGUGCCUGUAGGAAGCCCAUAUUCCAGACAGACCAAUGAGUGCCUGUAGAGACUUCUUUUAAUGACCAGGUCAUGAUUCAGGGUAUUGACUUGAGUUGCUUCCUUAAAACACACUCUCCCUUCGCUAGGGACAAGUACUGUAAAAGAACGACAGGGAAAAUGAUAAAACGUGUUCCUGUAUGAAUAAGGGCAGAAUGGACCUGCAAACCUUCACUCGGCUACGCUACGCAGUGUCUGAGCAGCAAGCAGACGGAUGGUUUUAGUAGUAAAAUGCUGCAAUAUUUCCCGGUUGCUGUUGUUCCUUUUGGAUUUCUUUGUAGCCUUGUUAAUGAAAAGCUUGUUCUAGUCUCACUCUGAGUUGUAAGAUUAUUCUGAAAAUUUUUGCAUUGUAAAGAAACUCACUCAGCGUUGACCUUCCUUUCUGCGAAUGAGAGCUCCCCGAGCGUGGGUGUGCCGGGGCACAGGUGGGCGCUGUCAGAACCUACCCCUUUGCCUCUGCUUUUCAGUGGCCUGUUCCGUGUGUACAAAACUACCUGUUGUCUUGGAUGAAGUGUCCGUUACAAACCUGACCUUUCCUUCAGAAGAACCAAAGAACUUCCCAACGAAGAUUGCCAUUGUGCAGCCAGCAGCUGCAUCAGCUCCUUCCGAGCAGCAGCUGUUCCUGCUGAGAACCUUCCUCCACAGACUCACCCUCCGAGUCGUGCUCUUUUUAUGCCAAACUUGGCACACCCAGAAAGCCACAAUGUUUUUGUAUGAAAAUCGUUGUUGUCAUUGUUCUUUACGUAGGACAGACAAAUGUGGUGUAGAGUGUGUCUGGACAUAGGUAUGGAGAGAAGCAGACAGCUCCAGAUCUAGAAGUAAUGCACUGAAAAUGUUUUAAUUUCAUUCAACUGUCUAGAUUAGUAAAACACCUCUUUCAUUGUGAGGCUGAUGUCAUAUCUUAAACUAUUUUCUUGAUGAAGUGCUUUCAAAAAGCACUCACUGCAGUGUCCGUAUUUCUCUGACUUCAUUUUUUUUCCUCCUGGACUCUGUUAUAAUAUUUCUCAUUACACAUUGUGAAAAUAUUUGUAGAGAUUGUUUAUUGAUAGGAAAACUUCUGCCGAGCGAGCUGGGUGUGUUGGCACGUGGCUGUGUGCAGAAAGAGCAAAGGGGGUUGUGUCCAGUCAGCGCCAACGCCGUUUCCAAAGAUUUGAAAAAGUGAUAAUGUACUUAACAUUUAAGAGUUCAAGCGGUACAUCUCACUACUAGUAAAAGGUUUUAUAAGAGUUCAGAGCAUUUUUUUAAAAAUAUAUCCAACAAAUAUAAUCUGCUUCAAGGGCUAUUACGUAGAAAUAGUGCUAAAGCAUUUAAUUCUUUAUGCCGCUGCUUCAUUGCACAACAGAUCUUUUUUAUUUGUUUGCUUUUUCUCAUUCAGCUACAAGACAUCAGCAGUCUAAAAAAUUGCUCUCUGCCACUAUUUGAAAUAUACGGUACAUCUAUAAAAGAAAAAUUGAAGUACAGCUUAAUAUUUGUCAUGAAAAAGAUUUGUGCCUCAAACAGCCGAUUCCUGGGGGCAACUGGUUUGAUAAACGGGUUUGCAGGCGUAAGUUGCUGGAGUGAAGCACCGCACUGACCAGACACCAAAGAAAUUAAAUCUGGACUGAGGUCAAACGUGAAGAGAGGUCAAAAGAGGAUGUCGUGCCGUGGGCUGUGGCCACGUAACACCCAGCAUGAAACAAAAGAACUGCAGGGAAGAAUUGUAAACUGAUGUCAUGUUUGGGUAUCGUACAUUAGCACUCUUCAUUAGUGAUUCUGUGUUAUUUUCAAGAGUCUUCCUUUAGAACGCAAUGUGGCUAAAAUACAAUAAAUAAAAAAAUUCCUUGUAUUUUAUAGUAUAUUAACUCUCAAAUAUAGUACGUAUUAAAAUUGAAAUAAAUUUUCAAAUAUGCAACGUUA